AUGGGUGAUGUUAAUUUCUUACAAAAAGCAAUUCAAAUUGUUCAACAAGCAACAGAACAAGAUAAUGCAAAAAAUUAUGCAGAAGCACAUAGAUUAUAUAUCCAAAGUUUAGAAUGGUUUACAACAGCUUUAAAAUAUGAAAAAAGCGAAAGAUCAAAAGCAACAAUUAAAGCAAAAACAUUAGAAUAUCUUCAAAGAGCAGAACAAUUAAAAGAAUAUUUAGAUAAAUCAAAGAAUAAGAAACCAGUAGCAGUUGGUGGUAAUAAAAGUAAUAGUGCUGGUAGUGCAAAUGGUGCAGGUAAAUCAGCAAAAGAGGAUGAUGAAGAUAUGGAUCCAGAGGAUAAAAAAAGAAAUGAUUCUUUAUCCUCUUCAAUUGUAACAACAAAACCAAAUGUUAAAUGGGAUGAUGUAGCUGGUUUAUAUCAAGCAAAAGAAUACUUAAAAGAAGCUGUUAUCUUUCCAAUUAAAUUUCCACAAAUGUUUACAGGUAAUAGAAAACCAUGGAAAGGUAUUUUAUUAUAUGGUCCACCAGGUACAGGUAAAUCAUAUUUAGCAAAAGCAGUUGCAACAGAAAUUUCAUCAACAUUUUUUUCAAUUUCACCAUCAGAUAUUGUUACCAAAUGGUUAGGUGAUAGUGAAAAAUUGGUGAAACAAUUGUUUGAGAUGGCAAGGGAAAAGAAUAAUAGUGUAAUUUUUAUUGAUGAAGUUGAUUCUUUAUGUUCAUCACGUAAUGAUCAAGAAUCUGAAUCAGCAAGACGUAUAAAGACAGAGUUUCUCAUUCAAAUGAAUGGUGUUGGUAAUGAUUCCGAUGGUAUAUUGGUAUUGGCAGCAACAAAUAUUCCAUGGGGUUUGGAUUUAGCAAUUCGUAGACGUUUUGAAAAGAGAAUAUAUAUCGGUUUACCAGAACCACAAGCAAGAGCCAAAAUGUUUCAAAUUCAUAUUGGUUCAACUCCAAAUACAUUAGUUCAAGCAGAUUAUAAAAAGUUGGCAGAUUUAACCGAGGGUUACUCGGGUUCAGAUAUUGGUUCAUUGGUAAAGGAUGCAAUUAUGCAACCAGUUCGUGCAGUUCAAUGUGCAACUCAUUUCAAACAAAUUAGAGCACCCUCUAGAGAGGAUCCUUCAGUUAUGACCGAUUAUGUCACACCUUGUUCACCUGGUGAUCCAUUGGCUCAAGAGAUGACUUGGAUGGAUAUUGACCCAACUAAAUUAAAAGAACCUGAAAUUACAAUCGCCGAUUGUUUAAAGAGUUUAAGAGUUAUUAAACCAUCUGUUAAUAAAGCUGAUUUAGAUAGAUAUGUUGAAUUCACUAAUGAUUUUGGGCAAGAUGGUGUAUAA